UGUUUAAUAGAAUAGUAGUCUCAUUUUUGUACAGCCUCUAUAUCCAAUUUGCGUAAUUGCAAACUCUCUUUGAACUUUUAGUUUUUUUCCGCGCUCAUCAAGAUACUGGACGUGUGACCAGAGUGAUAUUUUUUUUUAUAAAUCCCGAGCUGCCAAAAUAUGGCUAAUUUAACAAACGACACAUAUACAUCUUAUGGAAUCGGAAUGUCUUUUCACGACGAAAACACUUCAUUUGAAGAGUCUAAUUUGGUCAAAAUUAUUUUAAGCCUCGUACUCAGUGCGUCGAUGACGUUAAGUUUGAUUGGCAAUUCUUGUACAUGUGCUGUCAUUGGCCGGGAUAGAUCAAUGAGAAUCCCAACGAAUUAUUACCUUCUGAACCUAGCUAUUACAGAUUUGAUGACUGCUCUGUUUAUUCCUAUUGAAAUUUACAUGCUUUGGGUUCAAGAUUAUUAUCCAUUGGGCGAUGAAGGUUGCAGAAUGCAUUUUCUUAUUUGGGAUGUCUUAAGUAACUGCAGUGUAUUAACAAUUUUAGCUUUCACUGUGGAACGUUACCUCGUUAUAUCUAAGCCAUUCUUAAGACAAAGGUUAGCCUUAAAUUCUCGCGUGUUUAAGAUAAUCACCGCAGUGUGGAUAGUUGCAUGCAUUUUUUCAAUACCCAACGGAAUUUACGCAUAUUUGGUAGAGAAAAAAGAAAAUAUUUACUGUUGUCUUACAGUAAAGGAUAAUGAUAAAAUAUACUUGAUUGCCGUCGAACUCAUAGUAUUUUUCGUUGUCCCAAUGACUGUCAUAUUUGUUCUCUAUGUGUUGAUAGCAUUGAAUUUGAAAUCCAAAAGGUCGCAAACACCGCAUCCGACGCUUGGUAAACAAAACAAGAAUAAAGCUGUCAAAAUGUUAGCGGCUGUGGCAGCUUCGUUCUUUAUUUGUUGGUCGCCUUACACUGUUCUCCGUCUCAUAAUCCUGAUACCACGACAAAAGUACAACGAUUACUUCCAGCUGGAGCGCAUAUUCCUCUACUUGAGCACGAUAAACAGUUACCUGUCGACAGCCGUCAAUCCCAUACUCUACAGCCUAAUGUCGCGGAAGUUUCGACAUGCUUUCAAAGAUUUGUUAAAGGCGAGAACACAGAACCGUAACCAUCGCAAACGACAAGGAUGCAAUAAUUUGCAACUACAACCUGUAUUAAAACCUCAUUAUAUAUAAUAAUUAUCGUGUUCGAAAUUUAAAAAUACUAUCAGAUAUCGGACGAACUGACACCGACUUCAUUUUACGAUCCUUCAAAGUUAUGACACCUUGUGCGAUUUAGAUAUAUUAGAUUUCGGAUAUAUAGAAUAUAUGUUAUAAAUUCUUAAUAAUGGAAUGUGACUCUUAGAGACGUUUGUUUAAA